UUUCAAGUUCAGUAUCUCGAAACACACCGAGCAGAAGCACAUGAACUACCGUGUGCGAUACAGUAUGCUGUUGACUUAUCAUUCCUCUAGUUGACACAGCCCCGGAGCUGUUAUCAAAUGUUGUUGUUGAGAGAUGACUUUAAGAUAUCUUCCAUAUCUGGCAUUGCUGGUGACUUUUUUCGUUGGUCUAUGGGUGGAAGAAGUUAACGGUCAAUUUACAGGCUGCGAUUUCAGUAGAUCGGUGACAGCUGGCGAAGUUUUAUAUGUCGAAACUCCAAGAUUUCCGUACUACUAUAAUGCUAACACCAACUGUCGAUGGCGGUUUUCGACAGUUUUGGGACGUAAACUAAAUGUGAACUGUUACGAUGUGGUGCUGCCCUAUAGUUCGCAAUGUUCGGCAGAUCGAAUCGAAGUUUCUCCGAGCGGCAAUAGUGCUCUGGUCGGAGCCCGUCGUUUCUGUGGACAGUCAACAUUUGUGGUACAAUCGACGGCAAAUAGUUUAGUUCUUGCUUUACGAUCCCAGCGAACAUCUUCCGGGGGUAGAUUUCGAUGUCAGAUAUCGUCAGUACUGCCACCUUGCGACUGUGGUCGUCGGAAAACGGUUAAGAUUGUGAAUGGAGUCCCCACCCUUGUGAAUGAAUUUCCGAUGAUGGCCGGAUUAGUCGGGUUGACAGCGAAAAUGGUUUUCUGUGGAGCUACCAUUAUUUCCAAUCGCCACGCAGUUACGGCUGCCCAUUGCCUUCAAGGAAAGCGAAUUUCAGAUACUGGGUUACUAGUUGGCGACCAUGACCUUCGUUCUGGAACGGAAACAAGAUUCAGCACCCUGAUGACCGUAAGCACUUUUACCGUACAUUCUGGGUAUAGAGCAUCCAAUAAAAUUAAUGACAUCGCACUGGUCCGAACUCAGCAGGAGAUAGUUUUCAAUGCAGGAGUUGGCCCAGCUUGUCUUCCUUGGAAGUGGCCAUCGGCUACUUUUAACAAUUAUCUUGUGGAAGCCGCCGGUUGGGGAACUGUCGAUUUCGGAGCACCCGUUUCUUCCGUCCUGAUGAAAGUAACGCUCGGAGUUAUAAGCUACGAACAGUGUCGAACGAUGAUGGCCACAGGGAAUGCCGUCCUUAGCCAAAGUCAGAUCUGUACCUUUGCAGCUUCUCGAGAUACUUGCCAGUUUGAUUCCGGUGGCCCUAUACUUUAUACGAAUCCCACCAACGGUGUGGUUUAUCAUGUUGGAAUCAUAAGUUAUGGGGUGGCUUGUGCCAGUGGGAGCCCCAGUGUCAACACCAGAACGACCGCAUAUUUGAACUGGAUCAAACAAAAUACGGCCGGGAUAAGUUACUGUGAAAAAUAAUAAAUACCCACCUGAAUAGCAAUUACAGAUGAUUUUUGAUUGCGAUUUGUUUCUAAAUAUUUU